AUGGAGGAGAUCGUUAUUGCAGUUUUAGCGAAAAUCGCAGAGUGCACUGUUCAACCAGUUGGACGGUGGCUAUGUUAUUCAUGUCACUACAAGAGCAACAUGGAGUAUCUGAACAAUCAGGAAAUGAGGCUGCGGGAUGCUCAGAAAGAGGUUGAACGCAAGGUUAAAACUGAUUCAGAUAACGGCAAUGAAAUUAAAGAUAAUGCAAAAAUGUGGUUGGAAAAGGUGGACAAUAUUAUCAAGAAACUUGGUGGAGGUGAAGAAGCGGAAUCGAGGAACUCUAAUCCGUCAUGCCUGAACUUGAAGCAACGACAUCAGAUGAGCCGAAAAGCAAAGCAGAUGGUGCGUAAUAUUGCAAAAAUUCUUGAAGAAGGAAAAUUCGUCGACGGCGUUUCCCAUUGUCCUGCUGUGCAAGAUAGGGUGACUCCAAGAAACAUGGAUUACAUGAACUUCGAUUCAAGGAUAUCAAUUACGAAGAGAAUUAUGGAGGCAUUGGGAGAUGCUAAUAUUAACAAGAUCGGUGUGUGGGGGUCGGCUGGAGUUGGAAAGAGUACACUGAUGAAAGAAAUUUUCAGGAAAGCCAAGGAAGAAAGCUUAUUCGAUGAGGUGGCUCUGGCAAAUGUGACGGAAAGCCCAAACCUAAGCCAAAUUCAAGAAGAAAUUGCAAACAUGCUAGAUCUAAAGCUUGAUCCUAAUUGUAAAACUGAAAUGGUAAGAGCAGGCCAUCUACGGGCGAGGUUAGAAAAAGACAAGGAGAAGAAGAUACUUGUUAUCUUGGAUGAUAUAUGGAAGCGACUUGAUUUGGAGGAAAUAGGAAUUAUUCCUUCCGAAAGAUGCAAAGUACUACUCACAUCUAGAGAUCGACAUGUACUAGCUUCUGAGAUGGUCAACGAAGAGAACAGCUUUAAACUCGACACUUUAGGAGAAGAAGAAGCAUGGAAGUUAUUUGAAAAGAUGGCAGGUGAUUUUACGAAAGAGGAUCUUGACUUGCGAAACACAGCAAUUAAGGUAGCUAAAGCGUGUGGAGGUCUUCCUAUUGCACUUGUAACAGUUUCUAGGGCAUUAAAGAACAAGAAUUUGAGAAUAUGGAAGGAUGCCCUGGUGCAACUAACAAAAUCCACUCCAGAACAUGACACAGAAAUAUGGUCACCCGUAUAUUCUUGUAUACAACUGAGCUAUAAUCAUCUUGUUGGUAGAGAGCUCAAAUCUCUCUUUUUGCUUUGUGCUCAACAAGGUUACUACAUUUCCUAUCGGGACUUGUUGAGAUAUGGUUUCGGUCUGCGGGACUUGUUGAGAUAUGAUUUCGGUCUGUGUUUAUUCCGUGGCAUUGAUACAUUGGAUGAAACAAGAAACAGACUAGAAAAUUUAGUUAGUAAGCUCCAAGAUGCUUGUUUGCUACUACAAAGUCCUCGUAGCUCCGAGGAAUUUUACAUGCACGAUCUUGUUCGUCACGUUGCUACAAUGAUUGCGUCAGAUGAUGAUCAUAAUAUGUUUGUCAUGAGAGGCGAUGGUGGGCAAAAAGCAUGGCCAGAUGUGGAUUCACUAAAAAGAUGCGAGGCGCUCUCUAUUCAUGAUGGAGAUCAUAUCCAUAAAUAUUCCAAUAAAAUAGAAUGUCCUAAAUUAAGAUACUUUCAUGUCCAGUGUAAACCUCGAUAUUUGAAAACCCCAAGCAUCUCCUUGCAAGGGAUGGACAAGCUCGAAGACAUUUUCUUCCAAGGGAUGGACAAGCUCGAAGUUCUGAGUUUGACAAAUAUACAACUUUCAUCACUUUUGCCACUUACAAACCUACAAACAUUGUGUCUAGAUGGAUGUGAGUUGGGAGAUAUUCAUUGGAUUGGAGAACUCAAGACUUUAGUAAUUCUUAGUCUUACUCGUUCUGACAUUUCAAAUCUGCCAAGAGAAAUAGGGUCAUUGAUUGGUUUGCGGUUAUUGGAUUUGACCGAUUGUUCCAAACUUAAAGUGAUUCCUCCUAAUGUCUUGUCAAGCUUGGUCAAGUUAGAAGAAUUGUAUAUGCGAAACAUCAAAGUCCAAUGGGAGGUUGAAGGACCCAAUAAUGAAGGAAAAAAUGCUAGCCUUGUAGAGCUAAAGAAAUUGUCAUACUUGAUCACCUUAGAGAUAGAUAUUGAAGAUGAUGCCUACAAUCUACCGAAAGAUUUGUUUUCUAAAGAGCUUGAGAGAUACAAGAUCUGUAUUGGACAUAUCAGGGAUCCAUAUUACAGGUAUCGUGGGGAGGAGGCCGGCUUCUCAAGAUCCUUAGAACUCGCACUGAAUAUGAGCAACUUCCAAUUGGACUUUGGGAUCAAAAUGCUACUGAAGAGGACAGAAUAUAUUUAUUUGGACGAGUCGGACAAUACUAAGAGUGUCUUAUAUGAAUUAGAUAGAGAAGAUUUUCAACAACUGAAGCAUCUCCAUAUCUUACAUAGUUGGCAUCUCCCUGAGUUGAGGACAUCCUUCAAAAACUUGAAAGUUUUAAGGGUGGAAGAUUGUGAGAAAUUAAGAUUUAUCUUCUCAUCAUCGAUAGCCAGAGGUCUUUCACUACUUGAAAAAUUGAAGAUAACAAGAUGCAACAAUGUGGGUGCAAUAUUCGUGAAAGGAGAAGACGGAAUAGAAGAGGCCGGAGAUUUGAUGUUGUUCAGUCGACUGCAAACCUUGCAUCUAAGGGAUCUUCCAAAGCUCGUGAGCUUCUUAAGCACAAGAGAAACCAAUUCGGAGGGCAACGGCCAUGAUCUUCAGGUGCCGCUUCUACAUCAUCAGCUUUCCUUCCCUAGUUUGAAAAAACUGCAUCUGCAACAUCUGCCCAAAAUAAAGCAUGUUUGGAGUAAUGUUAACGGAUGUGAGAGUUUGAAGUCUCUAAAGAUAGAAGAUUGUGGGGUAAUGGAGGAAAUUGUUGCCAGAGAAGACGGGACAGAUCCAACAACGAGGUUUUUAUUCCCCAGCCUAACUCUUCUAAGCCUUGAUGGGUUGCCAAAACUCAAGUGGUUUUUCCAAGGGGUGCGUACUUUGGAAUUGCCGUCGUCCAAGGAAUUAGAUGAGCAGGGAGGCACACUUUUUGGGAUUGAAGAGGACGAACUCCCUUCGACAUCCAUUCAAAAAUUGAGAGUUUUGGAGCUGAACAAUUGUGAGAAAUUAAGAUUUAUCUUCUCAUCAUCUAUAGCCAGAGGCCUUUCACUACUUGAAGAACUGGAAAUAACAAGUUGCAACAAUGUGGGUGCGAUAGUUGUGAAAGAAGAAAAAGACGGAAUAGAAAAUGGAGAUGUAAUAUUGUUCCAUCAACUGCAAACCUUGAAGCUAGAUGACCUUCCAGAGCUCGUGAGCUUCUUAAGCACAAGAAGUUCAUUCAUGACUGAUUGCGGGCAAAUCAUUGGAGAGGGCAACCACGAUCUUCACAUGCCACUUCUACAUCAUCAGGUUUCCUUCCCUAGCUUGCAAACACUAUGUAUGGAGAGUCUACCCAAAAUAAAGCACAUAUGGAGCUGUGGUCAAGAACCCAAAACAUUUUUCAAAUGUGUAGAGCAAUUGAAAACACUUUGGAUUAAGAAUUGUGAGGUACUGGAGGAAAUUGUUGGAGGUGGAGGAGGAGCAGGAGCAGUAGCAAGGACAUUAUUGGAGUUCCCUCGAGUAACAAAUUUGAGACUUGAAAAUUUAAAGAGACUCAAGUGGUUUUACAAAGGAGUGCAUGUUUCAAAAUGGCCCAUGUUGGAAGAGAUUUGGAUUAGAGGAUGUGAGAAAGUGGAGAUAUUUGCUUCAGGAGUUGUGAGCUUUGAAGAAACAGUUGAAGAUAGGCCGUCUGAGAUGUCCAUUAAACAACCCAUUUUCUUGGUGGAUGAGCUCUCGUUUUCGAGCUUGAAGAAGUUGCACAUUUGGAACAUGCAUAAGUUGGAAAUUAUAUGGCAGGAUCAAGUGGCCGCAAGCAGCCUCUUGGUUUGUGGAAUAUGGAACAGGAAGAAAAAAAAGGAAGCAGAGACUCCUGUAGAGGCACCUACUGAACCAGAGUCUUACAUGAAGGAACAAGAAGAUAACAAAAACAAAUCAGACUCUCCUGUCGAGGCACCUAUGAAACCAGAUUAUAAAAAGAAGGAAACAGAGGCAUCUACUGGACCAGAGUCAUCAAAAAAAGAAAACCCCGAAAUCAUUAGAGGCUGA